UUUGUUAUUCUUCUUUCUUCCUGAGUCUUCCAAUUAAGAGGAUCUGAUCAUAGUCUGGCCCUUCCACGUGACUGCUGUAGGCUUUCUAGAGAGGGAGGGAAGGAGCGGUGCGCCUACACCUUUCGUCUAAUCUUCCUUCCUCGCGCUCACCGUAGAGUUCUCUUCGCUUGCUCUCUUCUCUAUCGUUGCUAUAUCUUCGUUAUUGGCUAUCGACAUUCACUUCAGUGAUCAUCAUGCCGGCAUCCACUGCGAGCGAAGAGUUCGAUGAAGAUGACUUCAUCGUCGACAUUGACAGCAUCCAGGCUCACGGCAUUGGAGUCGCCGAUAUCACUAAACUCAAAGCCAAUGGGUUCUACACAGUUGCUUCUGUCCACGGUGCUACACGUCGGACUUUGUUGAAGAUUAAAGGGUUUAGUGAAAUCAAGGUCGAGAAAGUCAAAGAGGCGGUUCAAAAGUGUCUUCCUUCUGCAGAUGGCUUCGUGACUGCCAUGGAGCUGUGCCAUCAGCGCAAGAAAGUCUUCAAGAUUUCGACCGGUAGUAAACAAUUUGAUGCCAUUCUCGGAGGUGGAUUCCAGAGCAUGAGCAUCAGCGAGGUAUAUGGAGAGUUCCGUUGCGGCAAAACACAGCUCUCUCAUACCAUGUCCGUGAUUGCCCAGCUGCCCAAGGAUAUGGGUGGUGGAGAAGGCAAAGUGGCGUACAUUGACACCGAAGGAACCUUCAGACCCGAACGUAUCGCUCAAAUCGCUGAACGGUUUGGUGUUGAUCCCGAUUCUGCGCAGGAGAACAUUGCGUAUGCGCGUGCCUUGAACAGUGAACAUCAGCUAGAAUUGCUGAACUCUCUUUCACGCGAGUUCGUCGGCGGCGAUUACAGGCUUUUGAUCAUCGAUAGUAUCAUGAACUGCUUCCGUGUAGACUUUUGCGGUCGUGGUGAGCUGGCGGAGCGUCAGCAGAAACUCAAUCAGUUUCUCAUCAGACUUGCACAUAUGGCUGAGGAGUUCAAUGUCUGCGUUUUGAUGACAAACCAAGUGCAGAGCGAUCCAGGAGCCAGUGCUCUUUUCGCAGGUGCUGAUGGCCGUAAGCCUGUUGGUGGUCAUGUGCUCGCUCAUGCCUCGACAACUCGUGUUCUUCUUCGCAAAGGCCGAGGUGACGAACGAGUAGCCAAAAUCCAGGAUUCGCCAGACUGCCCUGAGCGCGAGGCAACUUAUAUCAUCACCAAUGGUGGAAUCAACGACCCGGAUAAGGUGUGAAUAUCAAUACUAUAUCAAGGGUUGAUAUUCGCUUGUUGAAACUUCUCACUCAAUCUAUACUAUUUAAUAUGUAUACAUAUAAUGCCUA